UAAAAAAAAAAAUCUCCCGACUCGUUUCUUCUGAAGCACCGUUUCCCUCACCUUCCCUCUUCAAACCUCCUCUCCCUUUAUUUUUCCUACUAUUUACCUUGCUCUCCCCACCCUCCUUCAAAACCGUAGGGGUCAUCUCUUUCCCAUCUACCUUCAGAACCCAGGGGACAUGUAAAAUUGGGGGACGGGAUGACUUCGGAUGCCCCUUCCAGCUCUUGGUAUAUCGUGCUAUGCUUUUUUCCCCACCACUUUCGUAAACCCCCAGAGUCAUCCCCCUCCCAUCCAUCCAAUUUUCAGAACCUUCCCAUUCUCAUCUUUUCUGUACCGACGCCUUUUCUCCUAUUCCUCUUCUAAAACCCAAACCUCCUUUCAAAAACCCAAGGCCAGCUUACUCCCCAAAUUUGAAAUCUUUCAAUGCCCCCUCAUCAUCUUUGUCUCAGAAAAUUGCGCUCCUCUCCCUUGUCCCUCAGAACUUGGUCAUCUUUCCCAGUCCCCUGUACCCUAGAUCGGCCGGGAGUGGGAUGUGUAGGGGGGGGAAGGUUGGUUGGAAUAUCAACGGCGUUAAGUAAGACAAGGUCACAGAGCUGAGGAGGUGAUUGAUGGUUCUUUUAAAAAAAAAAUUUGGGGACGCUGUAGUGUUGUUUCAGGGCCUAGGUGUCUCAGGUUAAUUAACUUAUCCAAGCGUUUUUUAUCAGUGUAGCAGAGAGAGAUCAAAUAAGCGGUUUUGUUGCUGGCUGAUCACUGCCUUUUUAGUUUAAGAGGGGAUAUGUGGUCUUUUCUUGACUGAUGAAAUGUGCCAAGUUGAAGGGCUCAAGGGUUCCACGUGAGAGGUAGUGUGGAGUUUAUUUUGGGAAAGGAAGGAUUUGCAGCAGUUCAUUGAUGUUUCUGCAGAAAGCAUGCAAACUUCUGGAGGAGUAACAACUUUUUACCUCUGACCUGUAUUAAGAGUUGUUGGGCUUUUUUCCUACCGAUAACAAAACACUCUGACCUUCUGCCCUGUACUUGAUCAACUGGCACAAUCCUGAUGGUAUUCUUUUGCUUUGGAAUUAUGCUAUCGCUGUUACUAGAGAAAUUCUUACCCACCUUGAAGGACCUGCACAGGCUUUUAUCCAUUCAGCUAACCUGGAAAAAGCCACAUUUGUAUUCUCUAGAAACUUUUUUUUUAAUUGGUAGGUUGAUUUGUUUUUUCAUAUUUCAUUCAAUGACCUGAGGUGUGAGACACCAGGUUGGUUGAACUUCCAACAGAGGUAUCCAAAAGUGGAAUGGCCUUCCUCUGGGAAGUGAGGAUUCUCUCUGACUUGAUGAUUUUAGGCAAAGGUUGAUUGACAAAAAGGAAUUUUUGUUCAGGUCUGGGUUGGACUAGAUAGUUGUUAGCAUCCCAACUCGGAGAUUGUCUGAUUAUGAAAUAAUGUAUGGCAGCUCUUGGGACUGUUAAUCCCUUCAACUGUCCACCAUUGACUUAGAAUAGAAAAUAGUGUGAGACAGCCAGAGUUUAGCUGGGGUGCUUGCUGUCAGUGAUCCUUAGACUCAUUCUUUGGGCAUCUGUGCCUUAUAAGACAGUAAACAAAAAGUAUCUGACCCUUUGCAUUAUCUUUGUCUUUUAGUAUUACAUAUUUGGCUGAGAAGAGUAGAUGAUACUUGUCUUUAUGGGAUCAAGUAAAUGGCCUUUCUGUAGGGUCCCAUAGCUGUAUCCAAAGGUCAAAAGUACCUAGAGGACAACUGAGAAGUUUGAUUUGUGCUCACAUUAAAGGGUUACUGAAGCAUUACUUUUCCUAUCUUUAUUUUUCACACAUGGGCAGUUUAUCAAAGGUGUGUUGCUCCCAAAUUAUAGAUCCAAUAGGAUUUAGCAGAAUCAAAAGAGGAGUAAUGCAAUCCUUUCUCUUAAAGGGAAAUGCCAUUGUUUUGUUCUAGGGAAUUAGAGGCAAUAAUAAAACUUAAGGGAUAAUUAUAUCACUUGGUAAUGUGUGAAUUCCCAGAGGAAAGUGCAUCUGUUGGAAAGAAUUCCCACUAGAAUUUCAUGUGAAGUGUUAUAUAUAAAUUCGUGAUAAAGACCUCCCUGUGGGGUUUAGGAUUAGGGGUACACCAUUUGCAAUGUUGAAGCAAAAAAAUCUGCUAAUUUCCUUGUCCCUUGUUGCUUUCAGAAUUCCACUCGAGGUAUCUGUUGGCAUUGGCAUGGGAUAACCAGGAGUGUUUGGAAAUGGCCCAAAAAGCUAAUUGAUUUAUUGUAUUUUGUUCUUUUGAAGGAAAGGGGAUCCUCAGAAAAUCUGAGGAAUGGCAGUAAAUAGAAACUCAUUUUUCAGCUAAUGAUUAUAAGGGCCUUGCAUGGUAUUUUUCUAUCAGAUGGUGUUGAUACCUGGAAAGAGUUCCACCAUCCUUCCCUUAACCACUCCCAUAUUAAGGAAUAAAUGAAAUUCUCAGACCUUCCAAGCUUGACUUAACCAUUUGUUUCACUGCUUCUGCUCUCUAUCCUUUAUAAGAAUUGUAAAGAAAUAAUAGAUUGAACAGUAACCCAAAUCACAAACAUAUGUGAGGUUUCCAAAGUACUUUUCCUUACAACAACCAUAUGAUAUAGGUAGUUCAAAGUAUUAUUUCCUUUUUAUUGAUAAGGAAGCUGAAGUUUAGAGAGAUUGAAUGACUGUGUGAUCACACUGCUAGUGUUCAAAGUAGUAUUAGAACCCAAUUCUCAAAUUCAAGUCCAGCACUCAGUAUACUCUGUAAUGUUGCCUCUUUGUUCUAAAAUUCUAAAAAGAAAUGACCAAAAUAUCCGGAGGUGGAAUAAGGAAUGGGUGGGAUAUAAACUGAAUAUUUUUCCUCCUGAAUUGGAAUUGAUUAAAUCAUUUCCCAUUGCCAAUAUAUGAUCUGGCCAUGUGCCAACAACAUAUACUAUAAAUUAGAAAAUGAAUUGUAACAGUUAGCCAGGUUGACAAAUGACAAAUUUCUCAUCUUGACAUAUCAUGUUGUCCCUUGAACAGCUAAAUGCUUCAUCAUUAAUUCCUUCUUCUGUAUGGCAGGAAAGAGAUGAAGUGUCUUUGGGCUCAUGUUUUUUUUAUUUUAUAGCAUUGUUAUCAGUGCAUUCCUUCUCACCUACCCUUUGGUAAAAAACUGAUAAACAUAUAUUCCAGGCAGAAGCAAUGUUUCUUCCUAACAUGGUCAGGUCAAGAAACAAUUAAAAGCCAAAUUAUUUCUGGCCAGAAUCUGAUGUCCAGUCUUUAGACAACAUUAGACUAGGUUGCUGUUGCAAAGGAUACUGGCAUUUUAUGCCAUUCCUUCAUUCUGGCACAUGAAUUGAAAUAAUAGCCUGCCACUGCCUCCAAGCUGCCUGUUGACUUUGGCUGGGGAGGCUUAUUUUGGCUCUUAUGUUUUCCCUCCUGAUUAAAUUGCUUUCUCCCAUUCUUUUCCAGUAACUGUAUCGCAACAUGUAUGUCCUGUAGAGGACCCCAAAUUUAAUCACAAAUACCAGAAAGCCAAUGGUGCACUGUACAGGUGAAGCUAGAGCUGGGACACCGAGCCCAGCUGAGGAAGAAGCCCACCACUGAGGGAUUCACUCAUGACUGGAUGGUGUUUGUUCGAGGUCCAGAGCAAUGUGACAUCCAACACUUCGUGGAAAGAGUGGUGUUUCGCCUACAUGAUAGCUUUCCAAAACCCAAACGGGUGUGCAAAGAGCCCCCUUACAAAGUGGAGGAGUCUGGCUAUGCGGGUUUCAUCAUGCCCAUUGAAGUUCACUUCAAGAACAAGGAGGAGCCGAAGAAGGUUUGCUUCACAUAUGACCUGUUCCUGAAUCUUGAGGGAAAUCCGCCUGUGAAUCAUCUUCGUUGUGAGAAACUGACUUUCAACAACCCCACCAAGGAAUUUAGAUCCAAGCUUCUGAGGGCAGGAGGGAGAGAGAAGGUGAUGGUAAUGCCAGAAGGAGCAGAAACGGUAUCCAGGCCCAGUCCUGACUACCCCAUGUUGCCCACAAUACCACUCUCUGCCUUCUCAGAUCCCAAGAAGACCAAACCAUCCCAUGGCUCCAAGGAUGCAAAUAAGGAAAGCGGUAAGACCUCCAAACCCCAUAAAGUGACCAAGGAACACCGAGAGAAGCCAAGGAAAGACUCUGAGAGCAAAGGCUCCUCCAAAGACCUGGAUCGUGAACAGACUAAGCCACCGAAGGACAGCUCCCGGAAACCCCCUGAGAAUAAAUUGCCUAAGGAGGAGAAGGUACCUCCAAAAGCAGCUUUCAAGGAACCAAAACUGGCAGUAAAGGAGACCAAAUUGGAAAAUAUGUCUCCAAAAGGUGGGCCCCAGCCUGAGCCUAAGCCUUCCAGCAAGCGGCCUGCCAAUGUGGACUCACCAAAGCCCAGCGCCAAAAAACAAAAAAAAAGCAGCUCCAAAGGCACAAAGAACAUCUUGGCAACUUCUCCCCGGACCUCGUCUUCCUCAUAUUCAGACAAGAAGCAGACUAAGGAGAAGAUGAAUGCCAAAGCUGAGAAGGUAAAAUCAGAGAAUGAGCCCAAGGAGAUCAAAAAGCCUGUGGAUCUGGAAGAGUCUAAUUCUGAAGAUGAAGCUUCCUUCAAGUCCGAGGGGGUGAAGUCUGUCCAGUCCAGCCCUUCCAACUCCAGCUCCAGUUCGGAUUCCAGUUCAGAUUCGGAUUUUGAGCCAUCUCAGAACCACAGUCAAGGCCCUCUGCGUUCUAUGGUGGAAGACCUGCAAUCAGAGGAAUCAGAUGAAGAUGAUUCCUCUUCUGGUGAGGAUGCUGCUGUCAAAACGAAUCCAGGCAGAGAUUCCAGGUUGAGUUUCAGUGACAGUGACAGUGACAACAGUGCAGACUCUUGCCUGCCCAGUCGAGAGCCCCCUCCUGCUCAGAAAAUGCCUCCGGCCAACAGCAAGGCAUCUGGAAGGAAGAGUCCAGAAUCCUGCAGUAAACCAGAAAAAAUUCUAAAGAAGGGAACAUAUGACAAGGCCUACACGGAUGAAUUGGUGGAGCUUCACCGGCGACUUAUGGCCCUCCGUGAACGCAAUGUGCUGCAGCAGAUUGUCAACCUCAUCGAGGAGACCGGACACUUUAAUGUCACCAACACCACCUUUGACUUUGACCUUUUCUCUCUGGAUGAGACCACCGUCCGCAAGCUGCAGAGUUACCUCGAGGCCGGGGCCACAUGACACUGGGUCCAGAUGGCAGGCGCUUUGGGAAACCGUCAGGCCAGUCUCCCAGUACCAGGAAACCAGUCCCCACAAGUAGACCUUACUCUCUCAAUUCACCCGCAGCACUGCCUUAGCAAACAGCCAUGCUCUCUGAAUGCACAGCUCAACAGGCCUCUCUCCUUGGCUACGGGGAGAGUCCUGGGCACAGGUCUGAGCAAAGCAAGAGGAGCCGAGCAUCCCUCCCCCACAGAGAGUCAUCGUAUUUGGUUUUACUUUGAAAACUGCUUUUAUGUCAAGAAACACAUCGGGUCUCUCUUUUGAGACAGGAAGAACUUAACUGGCGCUACAGCAAACGGUUUCUUCACCUGACCUCACGUCCAACACCCACCCCACCCCCCCCACCCCCCCGAAGCAGCAGCUGCCUUUUCCCAGCUCUGGGGAGGGGGGGGUUGUUCAUGUUGGGGGCAAUGGUUUGACAGUUGGGGCUUCCUGAGCCGUCUGGGUCGGCUCCUGUGGAAUAGAAAACCUAAUCCCCCUUCCCCCACCCUUUGUUCCUGCCUUGUUUUCCCUCCCUAAACAGUUUGGUACAAGUAAAGUUCUCCCCCCUACCCCCAAUUCCACCCCAUUCCACCCUACCCCGGGUCUUGGGAAGGCAUCAGUCUGGCUCUUUGGCAAGGAUGCCUUGUGUCUCAGCCAUGAGCAGGGUGGCCAACCUCAGAGCCUCCCUCUUACCAGUCUGCUUUAACUGUCCUAGGAUUCCAAGCCUCUGUAUGCUGUAUAUAUUCUCUAUAUAUUCUAUAUAUGUAUGUAUGUAUGUAUGAGCGCCGAGUCAGGCUUCUGAUUUUAGGGUGUAUGUACCUGCUUCUUGUUCUGAAUCUCAAUGGCACAUGGGAGGAGGAAGGCAGUUAGUAAAGUUUGACUCUAAAAACAAAGGAUUUGGGGGAUUAUGUGGGGAGGGUUGGUUUAGUUGCCAUAUCCAGAAGUCAGUUAGGGUGAGACUCCUUUGGCCAGAAGGGCCUUGUUGUCCAGGAUGUUCCCAUCACCACUGCCUCACUCCUCCAAACCCUUUCCCUAACAGUUUUUUUUGACUGUGCCCAAGGAAACCAGAACAAGGGAACAUUGGGGUGUGGACGCUGCCCUGCUCUGGCCAAGUUGAAGGCCUUCUGGCUCUGCCCCAGUGAACACUAAGGAGCGGCGGUUUGUAGCUGAGGGGAGGGAGCAUUUUGAUACCGAGCGCGCCUGGCUGCCUAGUGAAACUAGCAGCGGUCUCUGAGCACCGACUAUUCCAUAGCUGGAAUACAGCGCGCUUAAAGCUGUCUCCUGGAUUCAGCUCUUCCUUUUGCUUAGUACUCUUUGAACUUUGAAAAUGGAGCUUUUGCCAAAUAAGGUGGGAGAAAAGCAAGAUUGGAACAGACAGCGCCCCAGGAAGGUUGGGGCGCUCCUCGUCGUUUUCCCCGCUGCUCCAGGUAACAGCCGGACUCUUCUUCUCCCCAUCCUGGCUUCCUCCCAUUUGUCUGCCAGCUCUGGCGCAGCUGUUUAUUCUGUGGUGAUAGAUAAUGAGCAUGUUAGCGUGGGGCCCCCUGGAUCCUCUUCCUGUUCACUAAGGGCCCAUUGUGUGCCACCUUCCCUCCCCCACUCUUCCUCGUUUGUUUUAUCACUAAGAUAUGGCCAGGUCAGAUCUUCUCCUGGCUCUGGCACCAGCUUAGAUUGAAGCUCCAUAAGAACAAGAGAUCUCUACCGACUCAGCAUUAGUCCUGGCCCAGCUCUCCUGAAAGCAUGCCCACCUCUUUCCUCUUGCUGUAGAACAAAUUCUGCGGCACUCUCCCAGGCACCUGGGGCCUGGCACUUGGGUCUAUGUCUCUGCUGGGAGCCGUGGGGCAGAAGGCCUUCCUGCAGCAUCCCCACAGACCUCACCCCAUCCAUUUGCAGCCAGGGCCUCCCUGUCCCCCAGUUGGACUGGGGAUGGGAUUCCCCUAAACAAGUCUUCUUGGCUCUGGGGGCAGCACCCUAAGUCUCUCCUUCCUUGGUAGUCUCUGGCACUUCCAGAUGGCAGCUUUCAAUAGGAAAAUCCCAUCAUUUGAGACCCCCAAGGAAAAUUCUAAUGGGUGCUUUUUGCAGUCGGAUUACCCCUCAUGGACUGAUUCUGUACCUCAGACCCCAAAAGAGAAGCUUCUCCUAUCCUGCCCUCCCCCUCUGUCCUGACUUGUGGUGACAGCCAUAUCUUGGUGACAGCCAUAUCUUGGGAGUACUAGAAAGUACAGACCACAUCUCCUGUACUCCGCACUCAGGGCAGACAGGUCUGAGAGAUAGAUUUCCCAGCAUUCCUCAGAUUGGCAAUUGCCUUGAAACUCAGCCUCUCCUUCCUCCCACAAAAACGUCAACAAAACCAGCCGUCUUAAAGUAUGCAGGCAGAGAGCGCAGGUAGCCAACAGCUGAAUUGCCAAUGGUCACCUUACAGCUUGCCACAGUCUUGUAAUAUCUGUGGCAUCAGGAUUUUUUUUUUAAGGGCGCUUUGGGGGUUCUAAGGCCAUUAACCCCAGCCUGUGUUUAUUCCCUGAAUCUGGAGCAGAUUCCUUAAGCACUGGUUAGUCUGAAGGUUGGCUUCCCUCCAGGAGACCUGGACACAAGGAGUGAGGGAGAUGAGGGCAGGGACCUCGGUCCCUUUGUUCUUGCCAGGGGAUUGCCUGCUGGAUUGUUCUCACUCACUCUGCUGGAUGAUAUCCUAGAUUCUUUUCCUUUACCCCACCCCUACCCCCUAAGGGAAAAAAAGUCCCUGUGCUUGUUAAGGUUUGUCAGGUGUCCCUUCCAUGUGGCAGGCUGUGGGGGCCUCCCUGUAUACUUGGGCUUCUUCAGAAGCCUGCACGCAUUUCAGGAGCAUCCCCUCACACAUACACCUGGCCUGCUGUGGGGCCCGCCUCUGCCGGCGAGGACUCUGCAAGACUGGAGUAGGAGAGAGGGACUUGCCUUUGCACUCCUUACAAAUAGUAUGUAAGUACGUAAGCCUCAAACUGAGUGUUAAUUCCUUGUAUUCUGCUGUGUCUUUGAAUGAACAAAAAAAAAAAAAAAAAAAAAAAUGCCGAAA